AUGAAUCUUGGCUUAACAGAAAGUCUGCCCUCGCUCGUCUCGAGACGAUUCGUGGCAGCAAAAGACUCCGGAAAUCUGAUAUUCUCAGCCACCCAGCUUGCUAUACUAAGCAGUAAGCGUGGUAUAGGUUACCAACUCCGCUACUGUCCAGCUCUAGCAAAGAAGCCAGAAACACAGUCCCAACCUUCAAACCCAACCGGCCCAAAACCAGACCCGUUCGAAAACCCAUCUACAGAUUUACUCAUUACCGAGGUACCAUCAACUUCAAAGACUCAUUUUUUGAUUCUGAACAAGUUCCCUGUUAUCCCGAAUCAUUUCAUACUUGCGACAAAACGGUUCGAGAAACAGACCGAUCUUUUGGAGAAGGAGGAUUUGGGGAUUGCGUAUGCUUGUUUGGAGGCUUGGUUUGAUGGUGAUGAUGAUGGUUUAGUCAGAAAAGAGGAAAAGGGGGGAGGGAGGAGGUUAUUUGCGUUUUUCAAUUCGGGGGAGGAAAGUGGUGCAUCGCAACCGCAUCGACAUCUACAGUUCUUGCCGAUUGAGGAUAUGCGUGCGCAACUAGAGGAUUCAAAGUCAGAUAAUUCAUCUGUAUCUUGGACGCCGUUAAUUGAUCUGUUCUUGACCUCGACGAAUGUGCAAAUCUCUUCAUCUGGGAUUCGACAUCUACCCAAUCUACCCUUUCAAAACUUUGCGCUUCAGAUCCGAUCUCCUCCAUCUAUCGAUGCAUUACACGAAAUGUACGUAACCCUCUACCGAGCCGCUCUCCUCGCGUCAAGGAUGACAUCUCCAGAGGAAACGGCACGAACCUCCGGCCCAGCUGCAAUAAGCUACAAUCUCGCAAUGACGAGGGACAUCAUGAUGAUUGUUCCCAGGAAGAAAGAGGCUCAUACUAUUCCCGGAUUACCGGAUGCAGAUGCCGUGUCGUUGAAUGGGACAAUAUUAGCGGGGACAUUGAUGGUGAAGACGAAGGAGCAGUGGGAUCAUCUAAGGAGAGAUGCGGAGGUGAUUAGUGAGUUGUUUGGGGAGGUUGGGAUAGCUAGCUAUUCAAGUCACCUAUGA